AUGACGUCGGUUCUCGGUGUGCGUGGCCUCGUUUACUGUAACUCCAACGCAGCCCGCCUAUGCCUCCCCUGCGACGCGUUCAUCCACUCCGCCAACGCCAUCUCCCGCCGCCACCUCCGCGCCCUCAUCUGCGAUCUCUGCCUCGCCCGGCCCGCCUCCGUUCGAUGCCUAGACGACCGCAUUUCCUUCUGCCAGUCCUGCGACUUGGCCGGUCCUGAGGCCGGAGGCUGCGGCCCCGGCCACCGCCACCGACACCUGAGCUGCUACUCUGGUUGCCCCUCCCCGCACGAGCUAUCCGCAAUGUGGUCCUCACUGCUGGACCUCUCCGACAGCACUCUUCUUCCUCUUCGGAAGACGACGAUGACGACCACCAACCAGAAUUGCGCUUCGCGCAAUAGCUUGGCGGCCGGGGAGGCUGCGAGCACGGUUGGAAGGGCUGGUGUGUUUGGGGGUGACAAAGUUUCAUCCCCGUGUGGCUAUCGCUUCUUCUAUCUCGCCGAUUGUGUCACCUGAGUCCAGUGUGGUGCUUCCCUGUGGAUCAGAGCAACAGGGUUUCUUUCACGACGAGUGCAAUCCGCCUAAGGUUCUCUCUCUGACGACUUUGCAUCAAACGCACUGCACCAUUAAGUAUUUUUAAUUGCAUGUGAUGGACAGAUGAGAUUUCCAGCUUCCAGUAAUCUUGGGACAUGUGAUAACGACGAGCUUUGCAAAGGUUUCAGCACCGGCAUGGCUGGCUUCCACUUUCAAGACGGAACAGAGGCACUCGGCUGCCCACAAAACAAUACUACAAGCCCAUUUCAUGAUACAGGAUCGGAUGACUUCAUCACGGACAUGAAUUUAAGUGGUCACAUUGAAAGCGCAUUAAUCGAGGUUGUCUAUUAUUCUCAGAACUCUCGGUUCAUAUCAGCUAUUCCUUGUAUGGUUGACAUUUCCAAUGAUAUAUAUACAUAACGGGUGCAGACCUCACCUACAGACCAACAUGAUUGCAUGACUCUUCGGUCACCUGACACAUUUCAACUCGCCAAUGCUGGGCAGCCAGUGAACGGCAAUAGCAACAGAAGCGACAACCCAAUUUUACACACCGGAAAUA